AUGAGAAAAGAUAGAUUUGAUUUUUUAGUUGAUUAUAUUGCAGAAUUCAAUAGAAUUCAACAAGGAAUUCAAAAUGAAACAGAAAUAGAAAGAUUAAAAGAUUUUUGGUUUUUUGAAAUUACCAAGUCUAAAUUAGAAAAUGAUGAUAAACAAAAACUUAAUGAACUCAAAGAAGAAUGUAUAAGAGAAUUAGAACAAACACAACCUGGCACAAAUGAUUUCAAUCAUAUAAGAGAUGGAAUAUGUUAUAAAAAAGAAAUACCAAAUCUAGAAGUGAAUAGAUGUUGGUUUAGAGAAAUUAGAAAUAGCAGAAACUUGUCUGAAGAACAAAAAGUUGCUUUAAAUAUACAACAUGAUGAGAAAUUAAAAGCAUUAUCAAAUGAAAAAUAUAAUAAAAUCAAUGAAGAAAUUCCUAAAAUUGAAACUGCUGCUGAAAUUUAUAAAGAUAAUGAAUAUGAUCAAUAUUUUAUUGAUAAAUCAAAUAACCAAUUUCAUUCAAUAUAUAAAAUUGAAGAUGUAGAUGAAUUUGUUAAUAACAUAAUCAAGAAAAAUUAUCUUUACAAAACAAUAAAAGAAAUAUUCGAUCAAGAAAAUAAUGUAAUAACUUUUAGUAAAAUAGUUGAACCAAAUGAUAAUAAACAAUUUUUUUUUAAAAAAAUUAGACCACUAGUAAAAAAUCAAGAAUAUCUAAACAAAAUUGAUAAAAUCUUAGAAAAAGAUGAUUUAGAUGAUGUUACAGAUAAUAAAAAACAAAAACAAACCUCUAGAAGAAUGAAAAAAAUAAAAGAAGAUAUUAAUAUGAUAAUUCCCAAAACACAAUCAUUUCUAAUGUAA